GGGGAUUAAAUUUCGUUGGCUGUUUGCAAUGGACACUGAACAGUUACUGAAUACUAUUGUUUCUGAUUAUAAAAACAUACUAAGCUUACCAACCGAUGAUCAGUUAAACCAAGCAAGAAAAAUCAGGGAAAGUUUAAAUCAAUUGAUUCAUCAUCGGCUGUCAAAUAUUACCAAUGUUAAAAAUGAAAUCUCCAAAGCAAAAGGACAGUCUUCCCAGACUCAAACAGUUCUAAAUUUUAUUCAUCAUCUGAUUGGACAAUUUCCAUACCCUGUCUUUGUUCCCUCCACAUCUCAAUGUAACAACAUGAGCGGGGAAAAACGAUCGGAAACUUUUACGUCUUAUUCUGACUUCUUAUAUUACUUCAUGGCAAACUUAACCAACAUCCUAUCUUCUCCUGAUGUUAAUGCGAUUCAUGAUGAUGCUUGGAAGUUGCUUUGUUUACUGCAUCAGUUAAUUAAAACUAAAAAUAUUUGUUUGUACAAAAUUCUUUUGAAAAAGUCGGUUGACCUCUUUGUGGAGUUAUCUGCAGUUAGUAUGAGACAUGACCAAGAUACAAUGGGAGAGGUUUCAGUCACUGUUUUUUCAAAUAAUUCCAAAGUUGGUUUAAAUAUCUGUACAUUUGAGAAACUUGAACAAUUUCAAGUUGUUGCUUCAAAUAUUCUUAAGGAACAUCUUGCUGAUAUAUUUCAAUUAAUUCCUGAAGAUAUGGAUUUGAUUUGGGUUGUAUCUCUACAACAACUUCAACAUGGAAUGCUCACUUUGAAGGCCGUCAUUCUUGAUCUUUUAACCAAUUUGCUUAAAAAUAUUGGAAUGCCAAAUAAACAUCAGCAACAAGAAUUAUUGUUUUGUGUUGUUUCUAUCUUGGAAUACAAGAGUGAUGACAAACAGAAAAAUGACUUUCUUGAUUGUGGAGUUCAACCAAAUAUCUUGGAAAAUUAUGACACAAGUUGUGUCAAGUUUUUAACAUCUCUGUUCACGAUCAGAGAAACUUUUGAUCAAUAUAUUGGUUCGUAUCCAGAACCAAUUUUCAAACUUUCAUUUGUACAUCUCAAAACCUUGGUUCGUUGUGUUUCCUGCCUCACAUCAACGUUGGACGGAGGGGAAGAAGUUUUCAUUUAUAUGUGCAAGUAUGCAGUUGUGUGUGUGGUGUCACUGCUCAAGAAAGGGUUGUGUGUAGACACUGAAGUUUUAAACCAUUGUGGUAGUAUUGCUUUAGCUCUUUUAAGGAAGGAACUAAAACCAGCAGGAACAUCAAUGCAUUGCAUUCAGUUUUGUUUGUUGUUUGCUUUACAUUCAUUACCAUUUUUGGAGCCAAUUGGAAAAUUCAUUGAAAACAGUAAACCUAGUAAAGAAAAAUCCAGAUCAAAAAAAUUAAGGCUGUCUCUUAAAAAAGCUCAUCAAACUGCUUCUUUAGAAACCAACAGCAAACCUAAUGUAUGUGAAGGGAAUUCUAUUCUCAGUGAAAUUUUAGCAACUUGUGCACAAGUUCUGCGGCAACAGGAGGAAUUGCUUUCUAGCAAAAGUGACGUUCAAAUUACACAAGAUGCAUUACUCGAUUCUGUGCGGAAAUGUCUUCAAAUUUUCACUUCGGUGCAUUACAUAGCUGCAGCUGAUGAGAAGCAACAUACAAUCUUGGUUAAGUUUGUUGACGAAAUUAAAAUUCAUGAUGUAGUUAUUCUUCUUUUAAAAAGUUUCACCAAUUUGAGUAAAAUAUUUAAAAGCAACAUUCAUCCUAAAGCAGUAAUGGUCGACAUUUAUUCAAACUUGGUACAACUGUCAAAGCUUUCAUUAAUGUGGGACAGGGCGAUGCACAACAAGUUACUUGUGAUUCAUUGCACAAAAGAUUUUGUGACAAAUGUUUGUUUAUUUGCUUCCAUUCUUUGGAUGCAUGAGUUGGAUUGGAGUGAUCUAAAAAUGACUCCUACUGCUGUUUUUACAAAGAAAAACAUGGAGUGUGUGAACAGUUGCUUGAGGUCUUGCAACUUGGAUGUCAAUGCAAUCAAUGAUAAAGAAGUGGUUCAAUCUGUUGUUAAAGAAUGUUUGACUUGCUUGUCUCUUGUUUCUGGUGAUAUCUGUCCCCUUUGGCGCUCUCAAGUGAUUGUUAACUGGGGAUUAAAUUGUGAAAAUUGUGUCAUCUCUUGUUUUAGUGUUUCAAUUCUUCCAUUCUUAUGUGCAGGAGUACAGGAGAAACUGGCUGGUAACUCUGAGACCAUCAUUGCACCGAUACACCAUCAGUUGAAUAUGUUACUUAAACACCAAGUUAAAUGUUCCAAGGACUUUGUAGAAACAGUUGUCAGAGUUAUUCAACCACUUGCUUUGGUUGAAAACUUGCAAUGGAAAUUCGUUCUCGUAGUUCAACAAUUAGUACAAUCCUCAUAUACUGAUGAAACAUACAUAGAGCUUCAAUCAUGUUAUGAAACAUCCUCAAACAUGUUUAACUCCAACAGUUUAGAGAUGUUUUGUGCGUUAAGUGAAUUCAUUCUUCAGCAAAAAGAUCUACUUGAUAAAAAGUUGCUAAACAUUGCAUGCCAAAAUAUUGCUAUGGUAUUACAUGGCACUGAUAAACAAAAUGAGUGCGAAAUAUCUUUAAAACUUCAGGCACAGUGGUUGAUUCACUUUCAACAUACAAGCACAUCUUAUUUGAUCAACACCCCCCUUAUUGCAAGCAUCAUGGUUACAGGGUCGGAUUAUAGUGAGUGGAAUCUACGUUUCGUAAAGGUGUUGGAUAUUGCUAUCAGAGAUGAAAAGAACAAUCUUGCUUUAAGCAAGUAUUUGGAACUGGUUGGUGCAAUGUCGCGAACUUUUGUUGAUGUUUCAACACUGAGUGUAUUGGAGUGGACAUUAAAAACACUUGUCCAAUAUCUUGUAAGGCAAAUACCUCACUGCUAUUCUACUUCAUAUCUUCAGUUGGAAAGUAUAUCAGCAGAUAUAAGUAGAAGGCAGGAAGUGUUUAGACAUCAUUGUCGGUUGAUCAUUGAAACAUGCGUUGCCAAUUUACUUGAUGAAAAUAAUCCCAGUCGAAAACCACUGGAUGUCAUGGAAGAUUUAUCGAAAUUAUUUAAUUCAUCCCUUGAAUAUUUCAUCACAAACAACUUGAUGUAUUUGCUUCCCCCCAUCAUUGUGAUGCAACAAUCACACAAUAAUAAGAAAGACAACUUACUAACAUUGUUGUCAGAGAACUCUGAGAAAAGCCGCAUCGACAUGAUCAUGGAAAACUUUAAACAUAUAUUUUGUCAUUCUGUUGUUUCUGGAUUCAAACUUCAUUUACUCGUCGACUUCUUGGGAAAAGAAACAAGAAUUCAAAAGGAAUCUUUAGUUUUACUUAACUAUGGAAGUCUGGUUCAACACUUGGUGGCACACUUAAGUGUAAACGAAGAUCAUGUUUGUAAAGCGCUGCAAGUCAUUCAACAAAUCAAAUCAACUGACCAUCAACAACUUUCACUCUCACAGCUGUUACAACCUCAUAUUCUCAGUAUUUUAACUUUCUUUAACGGACAACUUCGACUAACGGCAUCAAGCUUACAUGAGAAAAAAAAGAUAAUUGAAAGUUUAAUUUGUCUUUUAAAAUUGAUGAAUUCAAGUGAAGUAUCAUCGGUGUCUGUGAAAAUAAUAAACACACUUUGCUUGGCUCAACAACUCUUUAUUGACAGCCCUCAUGCAAGUAUUUGCUGCAAGGCUUGGGAUAGUUUGGUGAGGUGUGUUGAAAAACCAAGUCUUGGAAGCAUGUUGAGUCAUGUAAUGGUUAUGUUGUUGCCAUUUCUUGACCGAUAUCCAUCUGAAGUCACAGCAACAUUGGAAUUCCUUGUGUUGGAAAACAGUAAAUUCACGAAAUCCAACUUCCAUAAGUUGUACUUUCUACCCGAACACCAAUCACUUAAACGAAUCCAAAAAUUUGUUGAAAAACAAAUAAAACAACAAACAAAAUCGACUAAUCUUGUUUCUAAUCUGGAACAAACAUUGGAGCAAAUCGGGCAUGAAAGUUGUGAGGUUCGUGUGUUUGCAAUCAAACAUCUGCGUAGUAUUCUUCAACUUCAUCAAAAAUCAGUUCAACGACAUAACUUGGAUGGUGGACAACUCAGUGAACUCAUGCACAAGUUGAUUGCAGCUUUACUUCAGUCUUGCAGGGAUUCCAACCCUCAAGUUCGACUCCUGUGUGCAAAAAGUCUUGGUGAAAUCGGAGCAUUAGACCCAGACAAGAUAAUGCAGUUACCAAGUGAAGAUGGAAAUACAGCGACAUUUUAUUUCUCAUUCGAAGACUUGGAUUUUUCUCGUCAACUUUUCUGUACUUUGGUGCAAGCCUUUCUUGUAGCACGUCCUGCACAUCAAGAUAUAUCGGCAUUUGCUCUACAGGAGUUACUUAAGAUAUAUGAAUGCAAAGAAGGUGUGAAAGACACAACAGGUCGAAAGUUGUGGAGAAGUUUCACUGAACAAAUACGAACUGUGCUUGAACCACAUUUAUCAUCAAGGUACAUGCUGAAGAAACAAUCGGACAUCAACAUUGAAACUAUAAAACGACCGAUUAUUCAUCGGAAAGUGAACUUAACUUUCAGGGAAUGGAUUGGAUCAUUUUGUGCUGUCCUCAUGCAGAUGGCUUCAUCUGGUUCAUCUGUUCUUGUGAAAGGAGUGUUUAAAGCUUGUUGUGCGGUUGUGCGUAACGACAUCAAUGUUGCUUUGUUCAUCUUACCUCAUGCUGUUGUUGAAGUGCUUCGAUCAACAAAUUAUUCAAGUUUUAUUGUGGAAGAAAUAACAGCAGUCCUACAAAGCACAGAGAGAAUUAAUUCAGACAUACAAACCGAAGAAGUUACCUUCAUAGACAAGGACUUAAGUGCAAGAUCGCAUGGUUCACAUUUGUUUGAGUUGAGUGCGCAAGCUGUAUUUAGUAUCCUUGAUCAUGUGACCAGGUGGGGCAGAAGUCCAUUACCCUCAGGAGGAAGUCUUGUUAAAGAAAGACAUAUUAGAGAAAAUAAAAUAGCCGCAGAGUUUCUGACAAAGAUUCCACAGAAGUUGUGUGCUGUUUCUUCACUUCGAUGCCGAGCUUAUGCAAGAGCUUUACUACAUUUUGAAGCUCACUUAAGAGAUUCAUGUAAUAAUGUUUGUGACUCGGAAUCUGCAACGUUCCUUCAGCGUUUGUUCGUUGAAAUGGAUGAGACCGAUGGUGUGUCCGGUGUGGUGGCGGUGAGAGGAGUCGAACCUACUCCAGAAACCCAACUUAAACUUUUGGAAAGUACCGGUGCAUUGCAGGAUGCAUCAGCUUGUUAUGAAAGAAUUAUUCAGAAGAACCCGCAAUAUUUACCAUAUCAUCAAGGUUAUAUCAAGUGUCUCAUUGACCUUGGCCAACUAUCAACUGCUACUAACUAUAUUGAUGGAACAGUGGCCACCAACCCACAGUGGGAGGAAAAACUAAAAGAUUCAAGAGUUGAGGCUUGUUGGAGGCUUGGCCAAUGGGAUUCUUUGAAAACACAAGUUUCAAAUGUUGCCAUGGCUACCAGUGAUUAUAUGACAACAUGGAGCUGUGGUAUUGGUCGGUUGUUGCUUGCUGUAAGAGGAAGAGAUUGGGACAACGUUACUCAGUUACUGGAUGGGUUGUAUCAAAACCAAACUGCACCCCUGUCGGCAGCAAGCAUGGUGAAUGGUUCAUACCAGAGAGGAUAUUCUUAUGUGCUGAGACUUCACAUGUUAGCUGAUCUAGAAAGAGUUAUUGAUGUCGUCAAAAAUAAAGCAAACAUAUUAUCUGCUGAUAUUGAAGAGUUGACAUCUAUGUGGCAUCUUCGAUUACAAGGAGUUCAACCAUCAUUUCGUGCAAGGGAACCAAUAUUAUCUCUCAGUCGAGUUGCCUUGCCUUUCCUAUGCAAUGAAAGUGAAACAAGUGAGUGUAAAAAACAACUUGGAAAACUUUGGUUACAAAGUUCAAAAUUAGCUCGAAAAUCUGGUUACAUCCAAACAGCUUAUGGUGGUUUAUUGUCUGCGCAACAAUAUGCAUUACCGCAAUACUACAUUGAACAUGCUAAACUACUAUGGCAAAAGGGCGAGAGUCACCAAGCUCUGCUCACAUUACAGCGGGGGGUGAAGGAACAUUUCUCAAGCACAGAUGAUUCGCUUGACAGUGAGCAGCGAAAAACUCGGGCAAAGGUCAUGUUGCUUGUGGCAAAGUUAAUGGAAGAAUCUUCCAGCUUUGACAGCAACAUGGUGUUAAGGAAAUAUAAGGAGGUUGUAAGCUACCUGGGUGAAUGGGAAGACUCACAUUUUUACUGCGGCAAAUAUUACAAUAAAUUGAUGACAACACUGGUUGGUGAGAACAGGGGUAUAGGAAGAUCACAACAUUUAUAUUACAUCAUGCUUCAUUAUGGAGAAUCAUUACGUUAUGGAACAUCUCAUAUUUAUGAAUCACUAACUAAGCUUCUAACUUUGUGGCUCGACUAUGGAGCAACUGUUGCUAAACUUGAGAAACAAGGCAAACCGCAGAGCAAUGAAGAUGUGCAAAGAUUGCUGAAUGUGAUAUCCAACUUGCGGCAGAAACUACCAGCAUAUAUUUUCUAUGUUGCAUUUUCUCAACUAACUUCUCGGGUGUGCCAUCAACAUGAACCAACAUAUUCGGAGCUGAAGGAAAUUCUUGUAAAAGUUAUUCAGAAUUUUCCACAAUGUGCGUUGUGGGCUAUGAUGGCAAUAUCUAAAUCUUCGUAUACCCAACGGGCCACUAGAUGUCAGGAGAUAUUCCAGCGCGUCGCUUAUAAAGAUCCAAGUCUAACAAAGAUUGUGUCUGAUGCAACUAAGUUGACAAAUCAGUUGCUUCAUCUUUGCAACAAACAAGUGGCAAAUAAUCAACAAUUAAGCAUCAACACUCAUUUUAAAGCACUCAAAAAACUUGUUGAAGAUCCAGGAUUUAGUGAGAUAUUGCUGCCACUACAAAAGUACAUGACCGCCACAUUACCACAAACGAAGAACUCAGUGUCAACUUCUCAAUCGAAACACAAUCCUUUCCCAUUAUCUGUUGUGCAUAUUGUUGGUUUCAAUGAUCAGGUUGAAACGCUUCACUCGUUACAACGUCCGAAGAAACUGACCAUGCGAGCAAGUGACGGAUCAUCUCAUAUAUUCCUCUGCAAACCUAAAGAUGAUCUUCGCAAAGAUGCGAGGUUAACUGAGUUCGCUGCAAUUGUAAAUAAAUGUUUAAAACGUGACCCUGAGUCUGGAAAAAGACAAUUACAAAUUCGGACAUAUGCAGUUGUUCCUUUAAAUGAGGAUUGUGGAAUUAUAGAAUGGGUUGAACACAUGAAACCAAUUCGAUUAAUUAUCUUACAAAGAUACCGACAGCUUAAUAUGGUUGUUAGCAACAGAGAAUUACUUGCAUGUGUUUUGCCCAAGUCUGCUGAAAUAUCGAAAAAAUUAGACAUCUUCCGAAACAAACUUCUUCCCCGGCAUCCUCCCGUCUUCCAUGAAUGGUUCCUCUCAACAUUCACCAACCCAAGUUCUUGGUACAACGCAAGACUUGCUUACGCUCGAUCACUUGCUGUUAUGUCAAUGGUUGGUUACAUACUGGGACUUGGUGAUCGACAUGGUGAAAAUAUUUUAUUCGAUUCCAAAAGUGGAGAAGCCAUGCAUGUUGAUUUCAGUUGUCUUUUUAAUAAAGGACAGACAUUGGAUAUUCCAGAAAUAGUUCCUUUCAGAUUGACACAUAAUUUGGUUGAAGCCAUGGGUCCAACUAAAUAUGAAGGUUUCUUCAGGCGUGCUUGUGAAGUCACAAUGAAUGUUUUGCGUGAACAAAGGGAACCACUUAUGAGUGUUCUUAAAACUUUCAUCCACGAUCCUCUUGUUGAAUGGAGUCGUCGUAGUCGUGGCAAUUCAUCUGCAGAUACUGCAAAUGAAAAAGCUUUAUCUCAUGUUAAUGAUAUUGAUAAACGUUUACGUGGAAUCAUUGCAAAGAACAAAGGACUUCCCCUUUCUAUUGAAGGCCAUGUUCAUUAUUUGAUUCAAGAGGCAACUGAUGAAGAGAAACUUUGUCAAAUGUAUAUUGGAUGGGCUCCUUUUAUGUGAACUUCAAUAUUAGUUAAACCAAAAGAUUCAAUUCUGUGUUAACUCGUAUAUUGGUUUCUUUCAAUAAAGUUCUUUUCAUUUCUUGUUA